AUGCCGGAGAUUGGGAGUCUCAGAGCACUUGCCAACGGCGAGAGCCAGUUCGUUGGCAGCUCCUCUGGUGUCUACUUUAUCAACACCGUGAGACGAGCAUUUUCCGCACAAACCAGCGCAACAGCAGACGCCAACCAGCGGACCAAUGACGUGGGCGCAGAACUUCGCGAUGAUCCAUCACCAGAAGAUUGCAUUGUCGGGGCCGGAGGAGAUGAUGAGACCGAGCCAGACGAGAAUGCGGACAACGCGGGCCACCAUGAAUCUCACCCACAGUCGCACGAUCACCUCUCCCCAUUUUCUACCGGUUCCGACUUCAUCAAUGAUAUGAGCAAACUACCGGACUAUUCAACCGCCAGGAAGCUCGUGAUGACAUACUUCAGAAUUUGGCACCCUUUAGUUCCUUUCUUGCAAGGCCCCGAAUGCCUCGCCGAAUUGGACGCUCUGUACGCCUCUACCGAGCAUGACCGACGCAAUGUUGCGUCUCUCAGCCGUCUAGUCAUCUUCAGAUGCAUCUUCAGCAUUGCGAGACUCGAUAGCGACGUCGCAGUGGACAUAGGAUCUGCAGGGAUCCGAUCAAGCUCCGAUCUACUACCCACCCUGAGCCUCUUGGCUCUACGGAGCGAUGCCUGUUCCAUCCAGGCGCUUCUUAGCGCUCAAGUGUACUUUAUAUCCGUCAUGUCUCUUCGACAUGCGUCGUCCGUCGGUGGUCUUAUUUCAAAGUCCAUAUUCCAGUCCGGCAUGCAUCGCUGCCCCGUUCGAUAUGGCCACCUAUCUCCAGAUGAACGAUCCAUGCGCAAGCGCAUUUUCUGGAGCUUUUAUGUUCUAGAUCGAUUCGUGAGCCAGUCUCUGGGCCACCCUAGCGGCAUUCAAGACUCAGAUAUCGAUCAGACAACACGAUACUACAUCUUCCAGCCAACCACCCCGAAAGAUGUGCGAAAUCCCGAGACAAAGGAGAGUACGAUUCAGAUUCAUCAACAGAAGUGGAAGAAGGGGAUCAAAACGCAGCUCCAAAUAGCGAAGCAAACGCCAGUUCAGCCAAAGCUGCCGCCAUUCUUCGCCACCGUCAAGAGACCCAGAACGUCCUUCAAAACCAUGUCCAUACAUGCUCGGGACAUGAACAACCAGACGAUACUUUUCCUCAAGGCCGACGUUGCUGCCUGGGGCAACGACCUCACAGAACCACGACCCGGUCCAACCCUCAUGAACAUUCCAGAGCUCACUCCAGAUCCAACCGUCUUCCCAUACAUCACCUAUCAUUACACUGUCCUUCUACUCAACAGACCGUCGCUGUCAUUGGACUCAAGAUGUGCCGAGUUUCGUGCGGCACUACAAACAUGCAUCAGUGCCGCUAAGGCCAUUGUACCAACUGUCGAUCAGUAUCACCAGACCGGAGGACCGUUGUUUUGGCCCGGCUACAUGUCUGCCGUCUGGAUGAGCGGUCUCGUGCUGGCGCUUGCAGCUCGUGUGAAGUCAUACAGUCUCUCUAGAGCUAAGUCGUAA